CACCCACACGCAGCAACAAGCGAAUCGUGAACUCAGUCGUGGAAAGAUCCGGAGCUAUAAGUACGCCCCCUCCAUUUUUCAAAUCGCCUCAUCAUCUCCAUCUCUACACGCCUCCCAUCCGAUUCGCCACCUGCGAGCCUGCCAGAUCGAUCGAUGGCGGGCGACGACGAGGGUUGCCGCGCGCGGGCGGCGCUGCUGGGCGCGUACCAGCUGGGCCGGACGCUCGGGGAAGGCAGCUUCGGCAAGGUGAAGCACGCGCGCCGCCGCGCCACCGGGGAGCACUUCGCCGUCAAGAUCCUGGAGCGAGGCAGGGUGCUCUCCCGCAGCGGCGCCGACGACCAGGUGCGCAGGGAGAUCGCCACGCUCACCAUGCUCAGGCACCCAAACGUCGUCCGCCUCCACGAGGUCGCUGCUAGCAAAACAAAGAUCUACAUGGUGCUUGAGUUUGUCAAUGGUGGGGAACUGUUUGACAGAAUCGCAAUGAAGAGAAAACUGCCCGAACCAGAAGGAAGGAGGCUUUUUCAACAGCUGAUUGAUGGCGUCAGCUAUUGCCAUGGAAAAGGAGUCUACCACCGAGACCUCAAGCCCGAAAACGUUCUUGUUGACAAAAAAGGAAAUAUCAAGAUCUCUGAUUUUGGUCUCAGUGCUUUACCUCAACAACUUGGGGGUGAUGGAUUGCUGCAUACGACCUGUGGUAGCCCCAACUAUAUUGCACCUGAGGUGUUGCAGAACAGGGGCUACGACGGGUCACUGUCGGAUAUCUGGUCUUGUGGAGUAAUUCUUUACAUAAUGCUCGUUGGAUACCUUCCAUUUGAUGACCGAAAUAUGGUUGUUCUCUAUCAGAAGAUUUUCAAGGGUGACGCUUACAUCCCAGAGUGGCUUUCACCUGGAGCGCAAGACCUUCUUCGGAGGAUUCUUAAACCAGAUCCGAAGAAGAGGAUCAACAUGGCAGAGAUCAAAACACAUGAAUGGUUUCAGAAGGACUAUAUUCCUGUUGCUCCAUAUGAUGACAAUGAUGAAGAUGUACAGCUUGGUGCAAUUCUUCCUGUCAAAGAGAAGCAAAUCAGUGAGGCGCCUGGGGACAAGAAUAUUUAUCAGAUGAAUGCUUUUGAGCUGAUUGGAAUGUCAUCUUCCCUUGAUCUUUCAAGUUUAUUCGAGGAAGAGGAAGUGUCCCAAAGGAAAAUCAGGUUCACGUCAGUACUUCCACCUAAGGAUUUGUUUGACAAGAUGGAAAGCUCUGCGACGGUGUCCGGAUUCCAAGUUCAGAGGGUGCAUAGCAAGCUCAAAAUAAUGCGCAACUGCAACAGACUGAACAACCCCACGCCAUUCUUGGUCUGCGCCGAGGUGUUUGCGCUUGGCCCCUCUCUGCAUGUUGUGGAGCUUAAGAAGUCCCAUGGUGACAGUGAACUUUACAGACAGCUGUGCGAUAGGAUCUCCAGUGACCUUGGCAUUGGCAGCAUCUUCGGACAGAGUCGCUAUUCAGGGAAGACCUCCCAAGCUUUGACAGUAGAGCCACAACUCCUCUGGUUGCCUUGUGACGAGUGUUGUGCGCCACACUGACAUGAUGUUGUAGGACGCUAGGAUCAUAGCCCGUCAGAGAUGGCGACUGACCAUGGGUGUAUACGGAUUAGGAUCAUACAUUAUACAUGAAAACUGUCAGCCAGCGAUGUAAAUGAAAUUUUCAGAAAGCUUUUGAUAUUGUGAA